GGAAACAUUUACACCGUGUGGAUGGGGCACAUACCGUUAGUUGUACUGUGUGGAUUCGAAGCAGUACAAGAAGCACUGAUAAACCACUCAGAAGACUUUGUUGAACGACCACUGGGUCAUUUCCUUAAAGCCUUAGCGCAAGAAAAGGGUAUUAUAUUCUCAAAUGGCCACACGUGGAAGCAACAGAGGAAGUUCGGCCUAGCCACCAUGCGGAAGCUGGGGCUGGGGAAGAAAGGCAUGGAGCACCAAGUAGAAGAGGAGGCCCAUCAGCUUGUCGAGACUUUUGCACGUGCAAAAGGUCACAGCAUUAAUGGAAAAGAAUUUAAGGUGAGCCUUUUCCCCAAUGCCCUCACGAUCCACGUCACAGACCCUCUAACAACUCUUCCGUUGUAUAUACUUUUCCCGAGGCUCAUGGAAAGUCUCCCAGGUCCCCACAAGAAGGUGCUUGCAUAUACAGAGACUGUGCGAUCAUUUGUAAAGGAGGAGAUACAACAGCACAAGGAGAAACAUGCUGUACAUGAUCCACAGGAUUUCAUUGACUUCUAUUUAUUCCACAUGGAGAAACAGAGCACGGAUGAACCCAACUCUACAUACAAUGAAGAGAACCUGGCUCAGUGUAUUUCUGACCUCUUUUUAGCAGGCACAGAAACCACUGCCACUGCUCUGCAGUGGGCAUUGCUCCUCAUGGCAAAUCAUCCAGACAUCCAAGAGAAAGUCCAAAAGGAGGUAGAAGAUACUUUGGGUUCCUCUCAGUCAUUCAGCUAUCAAGAUCGAAAGAGAUUGCCUUACACCAAUGCUGUGAUACAUGAGAUCCUGCGUGCCUACUAUGUCUUGUUUGUUGGGAUCCCCAGAAAAUGUAUGAAGGAUGUGAACAUACUUGGUUUUCUCAUUCCCAAGGGGACACAUGUUAUUGCAGAUUUCCGUUCUGUGCUUCUUGAUCCCAAACAAUGGGAGAAACCUCAGGACUUCAACCCUAAUCAUUUUUUGGACCAAGAUGGGAGCUUUGUGGAAAGAGAAGCAUUUCUUCCAUUUGGUGCAGGGGCUCGUGUCUGUCUGGGAGAGUUGUUGGCAAGGAUUGAGCUCUUCAUCUUCUUCACCAGUCUCCUGAGGGCAUUCUCCUUCGAGCUGCCGGAAGGAGUGAAAGAACUCAACGCAAAGCCUAUAUUUGGGGGAACACUGCAUCCCCAUCCUUACAAACUCUGCGCUGUUCCGCGCUGCAGUACAUCAUAAAAUAUUUCGAGUCGCACGUUUGUUACUCUCAGUUUCUCCAUCGUUCCUUUCACGUAGUCCUGAUUUUGCUCUAACCGGCUGUAUUCAUUUUCUGUUCUCAGUUUAUCUGUCAGACCUUGACUGAUGCCCUUUUAAGAAGAAGAAGAAGGAGAAGAGAUUGGAUUUAUACCCCGCCCUUCA